UGGGGUACCUUAACCGCAGGGUUAGGCCCUCCUCUCCUUCCUGAGCCCUGUUCCCUUAUCCCUUCCUCCACUGAGCCAGUGGGAGGCCCAGAGCUGCAGGUAGUGGGAGCUGAGGAGGAGACAUGGGGCCUGGCUGGAGCUCCAGGUUGCUGGCACUGAGUCUACUGCUUCCCACUGACCCCCUAGGUCUCCUUACCUUCCUCCUUGGCUGGGGGCUCCCUGGCUGUAAGGGCAGUCGAAUUAUUGGGGGUCGAGAGGUAAAGCCACACUCCAGGCCCUACAUGGCUUCCAUCCGCUUUAUGGGUGAACAUCACUGUGGAGGGGUGCUCUUCAUGGCCCAGUGGGUGCUGACAGCGGCCCAUUGCUUCUUCAACAGAGACAGCAGCCUUGGCCUGGUAGUGCUGGGUGCCCAUUCCCCCAACAACCCUGAGCCCACUCAACAAGUGUUUAGCAUCCAGAGCUCCAUCCUGCACCCGGACUAUGACCCUGUGUCACAUCAGAAUGACAUUUGCCUGCUGAAGCUAAGCGGCAAGGCUGUCCUCAGCUCCUCCGUGGGACUGCUGAAGCUACCCAGGGCGGGCAUGGACCCCAAGCAGGGGACAAAGUGCCUGGUGUCAGGCUGGGGCUCUCUUUCUGACUUUGGGGAGCCACCCCCGGGCCUGAUGGAGACAGAUGUGAGUGUGCUGGGUCGGGAGACCUGUAACAGCUCCUGGAAGGGCCAGGUCAGCAGCAAGAUGCUCUGUGCCAACAGUGGGGACUGGAAGCACAGUGGCUUCUGCACGGCGGACUCUGGAGGGCCCCUGAUCUGUGGAAAAGAAGCCCAGGGCAUUGUCUCCUUCUCCGGCACCUGGUGUGGAGACCCCAGGACCCCAGAUGUCUAUACACUUGUCUCCGCCUACAUCAGCUGGAUCCAGGGUGUGAUCCAGAAAUACAAAUAGGCCCCCUUUACCCCCUUUAACUCCCUCUCCAUCCCAUCCCCAUCCUAGCCUCAGAUAUGGUUCCCGAAGGAAACAAGAUACUAAAGAUAAGUGUAUGUAAAUUA